AGCAGCAUCUGGUAACUUCGACAACCUUCGUCUCCUUCCCCCGCCUUCUUCGUCCUCUUCCAGACAAAUCCUUCCCUCCUUCCGACAUCUUCUUCCUUCCCCCGCCCCAAUCAUCUGCUAUAUAAUACAGAUACAUAGACAUAGCUGCUUCGCCUCGAUCACAUUAACAGCUCCGUUACCCAACGCAAUCGCAUUGAAUUCUGCUAUACCCAACAACUGACAUUCUUGAUUUGUUGAAGAAGAAGACGAGGAGAAGAGGAAGAAGGAAGAGACGAGGGAGGAAGUGAUGGGGGUGGACUACUACAAGGUGCUGCAGGUGGACAGGAACGCGACAGACGAGGACUUGAAGAAGGCGUACCGGAAGCUCGCCAUGAAGUGGCAUCCCGACAAGAACCCCAACAACAAGAAGGAAGCCGAGGCCAAGUUCAAGCAGAUCUCCGAAGCCUACGACGUUUUAAGUGAUCCGCAGAAAAGGGCUGUCUACGACCAGUACGGAGAAGAAGGCCUCAAGGGCCAGGUCCCGCCCCCCGGUGCCGGCGGGCCAGGCGUCGGGGCCACCUUCUUCCAGACGGGAGAUGGGCCCAAUGUCUUCCGAUUCAAUCCCCGGGAUGCCAACGACAUAUUCGCAGAGUUCUUUGGUUCGUCGAGCCCGUUUGGGGGAAUGGGUGGCGGAGGCAGCAUGAGGGGCGGCGUGACAAGGUCGUUCGGGGGAAUGUUCGGGGAUGAUAUAUUUGGGUCGUUUGGGGAAGGCCGACCAAUGAGUCAAGGCCUGCGUAAGGCCCCUCCGGUGGAGAACACCCUGCCUUGCAGCCUCGAGGAGCUCUAUAAGGGCACGACGAAGAAGCUUAAGAUCACCAGGGAGAUUGCCGACGCGAGCGGGAAGACUAUGCCGGUUGAGGAAUUUCUAGCCAUAGACGUCAAGCCCGGAUGGAAAAAGGGCACGAAACUUACCUUCCCGGAGAAAGGGUCAGAGCAACCUGGAAGGAUCGCUGCAGACCUCAUCUUCAUAAUCGAUGAGAAGCCCCACAAGACCUUCACUCGCGAAGGCAACGACUUGGUUGUGACCCAGAAGAUAUCGCUCGCUGAGGCUCUCACGGGCUACACGGUCCGCCUGACCACGCUCGACGGAAGGAGUCUGACGAUACCGAUCAAUAACGUGAUCCACCCGAACUACGAGGAGGUUGUGCCGAGAGAAGGCAUGCCUUUGCCGAAGGAGCCCUCCAAGAGGGGUAACUUGAGGAUCAAGUUUGAUAUCAAGUUCCCGGCUAGGCUGACUUCCGAGCAGAAGGCUGGGAUCAAGAAAUUGUUGGGUUCUUGAGAAUUUUCGUCCUGUUGUAAUAUAUUAAAACAGUUCCUCUGCAAAUCUGAAUAGGUUUAUUUCUUCAAUCCUCAGUUGCCAACUUCAUGGAUUCCGUUGCUCCGUUACCGAGAUUUGGAACCAGCGGAGGCCUCAAUAGGCGAAAUUUUGCACGUAGGCUUACAUAUGGGAGCUCCCUCCGACUACUAAUUUCCCAAGUUUUUGGAGCUUUAUAACUGAAAACUUCGACUUUUAAGUUUUAUUCCAGAUGUAGGAAGGUGCAGAUGUGUGCGAUGUAUAGAAAAAUUCGCACAUUUUAAUUUAUUUGUUAAUUAUAA